AUGCCUCCCAAGAAGGCCCAAGUUCAAGAAAAGGUCCUGCUGGGCCGUCCCGGCAACAACUUGAAGAGCGGUAUCGUUGGUCUUGCCAACGUCGGCAAGUCGACGCUCUUCCAAUCUAUCACCAAGUCCUCUCUGGGUAACCCUGCCAACUUUCCUUAUGCCACCAUUGACCCCGAAGAGGCCCGCGUCAUCGUCCCCGAUGAGCGGUUCGACUGGCUCUGUGACCACUACAAGCCCAAGUCGCAGGUGCCUGCCAAUUUGACCGUGUACGAUAUUGCCGGUCUGACCCGCGGUGCUUCCACGGGUGCUGGCCUGGGUAACGCUUUCCUGUCGCACAUCCGCGCUGUCGACGCGAUCUUCCAGGUCGUUCGUUGCUUCGAUGAUGCCGAGAUUAUCCACGUCGAGGGCGAUGUCGACCCCGUCCGCGAUCUGGUCAUCAUCAGCGAGGAGCUGCGGAUCAAGGAUAUCGAGUUCGUCGAGAAGGCUCUCGAGGCUCUGGGCAAGCAGACUCGCCGUGGUGGCCAGUCGCUGGAGAUGAAGAAGUUGAAGGAGGAGGAGGCUACUACUGGCAAGGUUCUUGAGUGGCUCAAAGCCGGCAAGGAUAUCCGUGAGGGCGACUGGAGCCCCAAGGAGGUCGAAGUUAUCAACCCUUUGUUCCUCCUCACUGCCAAGCCUUGUGUCUACCUCGUCAACUUGAGCGAGAAGGACUUCAUCCGCAAGAAGAACAAGUACCUGCCCAAGCUGUUCGAGUGGGUCAAGAAUACAUCCCCCAACUCGCCCAUCCUGCCCAUUUCGGCACAGUUCGAGGAGCGUCUGACCCAGUUGGGCGACGAGGCUGCCGCCGAGGAGUGCAAGACCCUUGGCACCGCGUCCGGCCUGCCCAAGGUCAUCACUACCAUGCGCCAGGCCCUCAACCUGGCCAGCUUCUUCACCACCGGUGCCGAUGAGGUCCGCCAGUGGACUAUCCGCAAGGGCAUCAAGGCUCCCAGCGCCGCUGGUGUCAUCCACACUGACUUCGAGAAGACCUUCAUUCAGGCUGUCGUGUACAACUACAGCACCCUGAGGGAGCUUGGCGAUGAGGCUGCUGUUAAGGCUGCUGGCAAAAUCAUGACCAAGGGCAAGGACUACGUCGUUGAGGACGGUGAUAUCAUGCUCAUCAAGGCUGGUGCUGCCAAGUCCUAG